ACUCUGCAAGGCUUUGCUCUGCUCAGCAGGCUGCAGAGUUUGCUGCUAAUGCAAAACUGAAAUCCAUCUUUCUACCGCCUACUUACCGUCCAGCGGGCUUGUAUGUCUUCUUGCCUUCCGUUUCUUUCCCCAAACCUCUCUUUUCAAAAGGAAGCUCUAUUCUGCUGCUAGCAAUGCAUCUGGAGAGGUGGCUCUGUUGGUGUUGCCCCGCUUUCUGUGUGUGGGCAUUCGUGUUCACAUCCUUGAUUAAAGAUGCCAAAGCCUGUGAAUCAGAGGAACGGUUAUUUCACAAACUCUUCUCCCAGUACAACCAGUUCAUCAGGCCAGUGGAAAAUGUGUCUGAUCCUGUCACAGUCUAUUUUGAAGUGGCCAUUACCCAGCUUACAAAUGUGGAUGAAGUCAAUCAGAUUAUGGAAACAAAUUUGUGGCUAAGACACAUUUGGAGUGACUACAAAUUGCGAUGGGAUCCCAGAGAAUACGAUGGCAUUGAAUUUGUUCGGGUACCAGCAGAUAAAAUUUGGAAACCAGAUAUUGUCUUGUAUAAUAAUGCUGUGGGAGAUUUUCAAGUUGAAGGCAAGACCAAAGCCCUGCUUCGCUAUGAUGGAAUGAUCACCUGGACCCCACCAGCUAUUUUUAAAAGCUCCUGUCCUAUGGAUAUUACCUUUUUCCCAUUUGAUCAUCAGAACUGUUCACUGAAGUUUGGCUCAUGGACCUAUGACAAAGCCAAAAUUGAUCUUCUGAUCAUUGGAUCCAAAGUAGAUAUGAAUGACUUUUGGGAAAAUAGUGAAUGGGAAAUAGUUGAUGCUUCUGGCUACAAACAUGACAUCAAAUAUAACUGCUGUGAAGAGAUCUACACAGACAUAACAUAUUCUUUUUAUAUUCGAAGAUUGCCAAUGUUUUACACCAUAAAUCUGAUCAUUCCCUGUCUCUUUAUCUCAUUCCUGACUGUGUUAGUUUUUUACUUGCCAUCUGACUGUGGUGAGAAAGUGACCCUUUGCAUCUCUGUGCUGCUUUCUUUGACUGUAUUUUUACUGGUGAUCACAGAAACAAUCCCAUCCACCUCUUUAGUAAUUCCCCUCGUAGGUGAAUAUUUACUCUUCACAAUGGUAUUUGUGACUCUGUCAAUUGUCAUCACGGUGUUUGUCCUGAAUAUACAUUACAGGACUCCAACCACACACACAAUGCCCAAAUGGGUAAAAACCGUCUUUCUUAGCCUGCUCCCCAAAGUCCUGCUGAUGCAGAGGCCAUUAGAACAGCAGAAAAAAAACAUCUCCAGAAAAAACAAGAAAGUAUUAGGCAAGUCAAAGCACAGCAAACACAAGGAUACCAAACUACCCAAGGAGCAGUGGUGCAGUCACUGUGAUAAGGCAACUGAACUCACUACCAUCAAAAGACGACGACUGAGCCAUCAGUCACUGAAAUGGAUGGCAGAGCACAUGGAGUACUCCCCAGAAGUGAAGGAUGUCAUUAGCAGCGUUCAGUUCAUCGCAGAGAACAUGAGGUCUCAAAAUGAAACUAAAGAGGUGGAAGAUGAUUGGAAAUAUGUAGCUAUGGUGAUAGACAGAGUAUUUCUCUGGGUAUUUAUAAUCCUUUGUGUGUUUGGGACUGCAGGGCUCUUUAUGCAGCCACUAAUAGCAGAUACAUAACU